AUGCGCAGGCCGGACGGCAGCAUGGCGACGGGCACUGUCGGCGGCGAGGGCGGUCUAUCGCUGGAGGAGGCGCAGGAGGCGGCAAAUCAGCUCGUUUUCUUUCAUACCUGCCGUGUCGUGGUGUACGCAGGCACCAACACGCUGCCGCUCGAUUCGCCGGUGGAGGUGGAGGCGAUCAUCACCGUCAAGCCCGCCUGA